AUGCUACAAACUUAUGCCUCGGUAUUAUCCGAGGCUAAGUCUAAAAUAGAUGCUAAAGAGCUAGGAAUUGAGUCCAUGCAUAUGAGAAGAGGGGUAACUGGUAGCAUCUUGUUGUCGGUUCGAGGUAAAGACUCGUCCGUGAAAGCUGACGCACUUGCGGAAAAGAUGAAGGAGGUGUUCCCGUCAUCAGGAACGAUCAGAGUUGGCCGCCCCUCACGAACGGAAGACAUCCGUUUAAGGGGGAUGAUGGCUUUUGUUGGUCGCCAAGAUAUCCUUGACAGGGUUGCCUUGGUUGGAGGCUGCAAGGCUGAGGAUCUAAAAGCAGGGGCGGCAAAAUGUACGCUGCCUAGGGGCGGCAAAAUGUUUAAUCUGUCGCUGGUGCUAGUGUAA